CUAUCUGUCAGUUUCAAACGGAUCGCGAAGACAUUAAGAAGGCGUCGCUGCUGUUUCGUGUGAACCGGCGCAAAAUAAUUUAGCAUUAAAAUACAGUUUUUGAAUUAUUCAUUAUCACCCGCGAGGGAGAUCUAACAAUGAAGUACUUUUUGUUGUUGGGAUUGGGUCUCCUGUUCCUCUCAGAAUGGGCCGUGGCGCAGGAAGGCGUGGGGACCGUGGAGGAGAUGACCGUGGAUGCGGACCUUGGUCUUUCAAGAGAAGGCUCUAGAACUGACGCGGAGGCAGUAGCGCGCGAAGCGGAGGCGAUCAACCCAGACGGGCUGAGCCCCGCGCAGUUGGCCGAGCUCCGAGCUAAGGCCUCCAACCACACCUUCCAGACCGAGGUCAACCGCAUGAUGAAGCUCAUCAUCAACUCGCUCUACCGCAACAAGGAGAUCUUCCUCCGAGAAUUGAUCUCCAACGCAUCAGACGCGCUCGACAAGAUCCGUCUCCUGUCCCUCACAGACCGCAAGGUGCUGGACGCGACGGAGGAGCUCGGUAUCCGCAUCAAGGCGGACGCGGAGCGACGCCUGCUGCACAUCAUCGACACUGGGCUAGGAAUGACCAAGAACGACCUGGUCAACAAUCUCGGAACCAUUGCAAAGUCCGGCACGGCUGACUUCUUGUCCAAGAUGCAGGACGUUGAAAAGAGUGGCGCGCAAGAAAUGAACGACAUGAUCGGGCAGUUCGGCGUGGGCUUCUACUCGGCCUUCCUCGUCGCUGACCGCGUCACCGUCGUCUCCAAGCACAACGACGACGACCAGCACGUCUGGGAGAGCGACGCCAACUCCUUCAGCGUGGCUCCUGACCCAAGGGGAAAUACUCUCAAGCGAGGCACCCACAUCACGCUCCACCUGAAGGAAGAAGCCGCCGACUACCUGCAGCCGGACACCAUCCGCGCGCUGGUGAAGAAGUACUCGCAGUUCAUCAACUUCCCCAUCCACCUGUGGGCCUCGCGCACCGAGACCGUUGAAGAAGAGGAGGCUGAUGAGCCCGCCCCUGCUGGAGAUGAUGAGGACGCUCAGGUUGAGGAUGUGACUGAAGAGAAGAAGGAGAAGAAGAAGACUGAGCGCACCGUGUGGGACUGGGAGCUCAUGAACGACAACAAGCCCAUCUGGACCCGCAAGCCCGCCGAGGUCUCCGACGAGGAGUACAUCACCUUCUACAAGUCCCUCACCAAGGACACCAGCCCGCCUCUUGCCAAGGCCCAUUUCGUCGCCGAGGGUGAGGUUUCGUUCCGCGCGCUCCUCUUCGUACCGCGCGCGCAGCCCGCUGACUCCUUCAACCGCUACGGCUCCAAGACUGACCACAUCAAGCUGUUCGUGCGCCGAGUGUUCAUCACCGACGAGUUCAACGACCUCAUGCCCAACUACCUCGCAUUCAUCCAGGGACUGGUUGACUCGGACGACCUGCCCCUCAACGUGUCCCGGGAGACGCUGCAGCAGCACAAGCUGAUCAAGGUGAUCAAGAAGAAGCUCGUCCGCAAGGCCCUGGACAUGCUCAAGAAGAUCUCGGACGACGAGUAUGAAGGCUUCUGGAAGGAGUACUCCACCAAUAUCAAGCUGGGAGUAAUGGAGGACCCAUCCAACCGCGCUCGUCUCGCCAAGCUGCUGCGCUUCCACUCCUCCGCGUCGGAAUCCAUGACGUUCCUGGCGGACUACGUGUCCCGUAUGAAGAAGGGCCAGAACCACAUCUACUACAUCGCCGGCGCCAGCCGUGCUGAGGUGGAGAAGUCCCCGUUCGCCGAGCGCCUGGUCCGCUCCGGGUACGAGGUGCUGUACCUGACCGAGGCGGUGGACGAGUACUGCCUCGGCGCGCUGCCCGAGUACGACGGCCACAAGUUCCAGAACGUCGCCAAGGAGAUCUUCGACGUCAACGAGAGUGAACAACAGAAGGAGCGCUGGGAAUCCUACAAGGAGCAGUUCCAGCCCCUUACCAAGUGGCUCGACCAGCAACUUAACCAAUACAUCACUCGCGCCGCCGUCUCCAAGCGUCUGGCCAAGUCUCCUGCUGCCCUGGUGGCUACCGUGUUCGGCUGGACCGGCAACAUGGAGCGCCUGGCGCUCUCCAACGCUCAUCAGAAGGCUGAUGACGCGCAGCGCAAGCACCACCUGUCCCAGAAGAAGAUGAUGGAGAUCAACCCUCGGCACCCGCUCGUGCAGGAACUGCUCCGGAGGGUCAACGACGCCCCUGACGACCCGGCCACUAAGCUGGCCGCCAUGUCGCUCUACCGCACUGCUGCACUCAGGUCCGGCUUCAUGCUGCAAGAAGGGCAAGCGGUGGAAUUCGCCGAGUCCGUGGAGCUGAUGCUGGCGCAGGCGCUCGGCGUGCCGGCCGGCGCCGCGCCCGACGAGGACGACCUCGACGCCGCCGCCGACCACGACGACGCUGCUGACGACGCCGAGGAGGUUCCCGCCGAGGACCACGACGAACUGUAAAACUGUCCUUUACUAUAAACCAGGAGUCACCGAUUAGUAUCUACGGGCGCCCCGAUUGGAAGUAUAACACGACCACAUCGGUCCGUUCCGGACGGCAUCGGCAGUGCGACGAAACGCGGCCCACAUUAGGUAGGUCGGCGGGCCGGCAUUUGGUGAUCCCUGCUAUAGUGUAGCCUGGAGCUGUGCCGACACGACUAACUAACCCUGUCUCCUUGACAUAGGGGUUACGACCGAUUAUUUCUGUGUCGUAAAUGUUAAUUAUAAUGUAAAAAAUAUUGAGCAUAUUUUGAAUUAGAAAGCGAUCA